CGCGCUCCUGGGACAGCUCCACGCCCUCGGGCGGGUCAGAUCCAAGCUGGGAGCAGCCGUGGGCGCUGGGCCUCCAAGAUGAGGCCGGCGCUCGCCCUGUGCCUCCUCUGGCAGGCUUUCUGGCCGCGGCCCGGCAGUGGAGAGCACCCCACCGCCGACCGCGCGGGCUGCUCGGCCUCGGGGGCCUGCUACAGCCUGCACCACGCUACCUUCAAGCGCCAGGAGGCCGAGGAGGCCUGCAGCCUGCGCGGCGGGGCGCUCAGCACGGUGCGCGGGGACGCCGAGCUCCGCGCGGUGGUCGCGCUUCUGCGGGCGGGCCCGGGGCCCGGAGGGGGCUCCAAAGACCUUCUCUUCUGGGUGGCGCUGGAGCGCAGGCGAUCCAACUGCACCCUGGAGAAUGAGCCGUUGCGGGGUUUCUCCUGGUUGUCCCCCGACGUCGGCGGGUCCGAAAGCGACACGCUGCAGUGGGUGGAGGAGCCCCAACGCUCCUGCACCGCUCGGAGCUGCGCGGGAAUCCAGGCCACCCGGGGAAUCGAGCCCGCAGGCUGGAAGGAGAUGCGAUGCCACCAGCGCGCCAACGGCUAUCUGUGCAAGUACCAGUUCGAGGGCUUGUGCCCCGCACCGCCCCCGGGGGCCGCUUCUGACUUGAGCUACCGCGCGCCUUUCCAGCUGUACAGCGCGGCGCUGGACUUCAGUCCCCCCGGGACCGAGGUGAGUGCGCUCUGCCCCGGGCAGCUCUCCAUCACGGCCACCUGCACCUCGGACGAGGUCGGCGCGCGCUGGGACGGGAUACCCUCCGGGGCUGUGCUCUGUCCGUGUCCCGGAAGGUACCUCCGUGCUGGCAAGUGCGCGGAGCUCCCUGACUGCCUAGACGACUUGGGAGGCUUUGCUUGCGAGUGCGCGGCGGGCUUCGUGCUAGGGAAAGACGGACGCUCUUGUGUAACCAAUGGGGAAGGGCAGCCGGCCCCUGGGGGGACCAAGGUGCCCACCUGGCGCCCGCCAGCCCCUACAGCCAGCCCCGUGCCGAAGGGAACGUGGUCACCCAGUGUCCGGGAGAAGCCGGGAGAGAUACCCCAUGGCCCUGGACAAGGCAGUUCAGCAACAUCUAUUCCCGAGAUUCCUCGGUGGGGAGCACAGGGCACGACGAUAUCUACUCUUCAGAUGUCCCCUCAAACAGAGGCAAAGGCCGACAUCAACUCUUCAGGAAGCGUGAUUCCCAAGUUUAAUUCCACGUCUUCCUCUGACAAUCGCCAGGCUUUCGAUUCUUCCACCGUGGUCUUCAUACUUGUGAGCAUAGCGGUAGUAGUGUUGGUGAUAUUGACCGUGACAGUGCUGGGGCUUUUCAAACUCUGCUUCCACAAGAGCCCUUCCCCUCGGCCAAGAAAGGGGCCUUUGGCUUCCCCGGGCGCGGAGAGUGAUGCUGAGGCCGCUGCUCUGAGCUCCAGUUCUACACAUUGCACAGACAAUGGGGUGAAGGUCGGGGACUGUGGUCUGCGGGACAGAGUAGAGGGAGCCUCGUUGACGGGGUCCUCUCUUGGCUCUGGUGACACAUAGGGAAACGGGACAGCGAGCACUUCUUGUGAGCAGUUUUUCACUUUCAGUGAAAAGGGAAAAGGAAAAGAGGAACUUACUUGUGGGACUGACAAUUCCUAAAGAAACUCCCCUUCCCCUAAAUUCCCUCUUCUCCACUGAGGAGCCACAUCUGAACUGGACACGCCUUCCCUGAAGAUGGAGGAAGUGGAAGUGCCUAAGGGUGGUAGUGCGGGGCCUGGAUCCUACUGGGGAGAGGUAUUUUCUUCUGUUUAUUCUGGGGAAUUUGGAGAGGUGAUUGAACUUUUCAGGACAUUGGAAGCAAAUAGAGAAUUUUUUUUUAAUUUUAUUUUUUACCAAAUGGAAAGGAAAACUUCUGUCUACAUUGUUCAGGCUGGGAGUAUAUUGGUUUGAAAUUCCCAGGCAAAAAAAUAAAGGAUUGUUGGUAA